GUUAAGUAUAUUGUUUAGUGGGUUGAAAAAUCUUAGAAAUUAUAAAAUUCAAGAGCAAGAAAAAUUUGUCAAAAGUACCAAAAGGGUAGUAGAGUUAUGAAAUUAUAUGAUAUAGUUGAGAGCUUUGUGUUUCUGUUGUCUCAUCCAUAAUAGAGUUACUAGUUUUGAAGGAUAACUUUCACAGGCACAGAAAAUUAUCAUGGCUUCUAUGGAAGGACGAGGUGGUGGUGGUGGAGAAAUCCAACCAAAAUUUAACAAGUAUGCAGCUGCAUGCGCUAUAGUUGCUUCAAUGAUAUCCAUCAUAUUUGGUUAUGAUACUGGUGUAAUGAGUGGAGCCAUGAUAUUCAUAAAAGACGACCUGAAAAUCCAUGAUACACAAGUGGAAGUCCUUGCCGGAAUCUUGAAUAUAUGUGCUCUUGUGGGUUCGCUUCUCGCCGGAAGAACUUCCGAUUACAUUGGUAGGCGAUACACAAUUGUUGUAGCCUGCCUUAUUUUCAUGACUGGUUCAGUUCUGAUGGGAUACGGUCCAAAUUAUGGAAUCCUAAUGGCCGGAAGAUGCACCGCAGGCAUUGGUGUAGGCUUUGCUCUUAUGAUCGCUCCGGUUUACUCUGCAGAGGUUUCAUCACCAUCAUCCAGAGGUUUCUUGACCUCCCUGCCUGAGCUUGGUAUAAGUAUUGGCAUUUUAUUUGGCUACAUUUCAAACGUAAUUUUUGGGAAGUUGACUCUGAAACUUGGCUGGAGGUUGAUGCUUGGAAUUGCAGCUAUACCUUCAAUUAUCUUAGCCUUUGGCAUCACACAAAUGCCAGAGUCUCCAAGGUGGUUAGUAAUGCAAGGACGUUUAGGGGAAGCCAAGAAAAUCUUGCUUCUAGUAUCCAACUCCAAGGAAGAAGCAGAAGCUCGUUUGCGCGACAUAAAAGUUGUAGCAGGAAUAGAUGAAAAUUGCAAUGAGGAUUUUGUCAAGUUUUCAAAGAAAACUCAAGGUGAAGGGGUCUGGAAAGAGCUGCUAUUAAGGCCAACACCGGCAGUCCGGUGGAUACUAAUCGCUGCGAUUGGAAUCCAUUUCUUCGAGCACGCAGUUGGCAUCGAAGCAGUUGUGCUAUAUAGUCCAAGAAUCUUCAAGAAAGCUGGUGUCACAGGCAAGGAAAAGCUCUUGCUUGCAACAGUUGGGGUAGGGCUGACAAAGUUUGUCUUUAUAUUCAUAGCCACAUUUUUGAUCGACAAAGUUGGGAGGAGACGCCUAUUGCUCACAAGCACAGCAGGAAUCGUAGCUUCCCUAACAGUCUUAGGAUCUUGCUUGACCAUAGUGGAGUAUCACAAUGGAAAGAACCUGUUGUGGGCUCUAAGCCUGAGCAUUAUUUCUACAUAUGUACUUGUGGCUUUUUACAAUAUUGGUCUUGCACCUGUGACAUGGGUUUACAGCUCUGAGAUAUUCCCUUUGAAGUUAAGAGCACAAGGGUAUAGCAUUGGUGUAGCUGUUAAUAGGCUUAUGAAUGCUACAAUCUCUAUGAGUUUUAUUUCACUAUACGAAGCAAUUACUAUAGGUGGAGCCUUCUACUUGUUUGCUGGUGUAUCAGUGAUUGGGUGGUUUUUCUUCUAUUUUCUUUUCCCAGAGACCAAGGGAAGGUCCUUGGAAGAGAUGGAGUUACUGUUUAGCAAGGGCGUUAGGGCUAGAAAUGAGAGUGUGGAGCUUCAGCCCAGAAGUAAUAACGUGUAGCAUAUGCUAAUGGGUGGGAGAGUUUGUUUGAUUAUAACACUAGGCAAGACUUUGCAAAGAAUUGUACCAUAUUAAUUAGAAGUUAGCAGUAGAUGUAUUUUGCUUG